AUGUCGCGCGCUUCUUGUCCCGUUUCUGGCUCCAUUGGGGCUUCAUGUCCUGCGUCUAGAUCGUCGCGAGCAGGCAGUCGCAGUCAAUCUCGCAGUCAAAGCAUAAGUCAAAGACGAGGAUGUGCCUUUUCAGGCGCGAGCCAACCUGGAGAUAUCCAUGCUGCCUUUGACAUUCCUCGAGGAGUCGACGCAGAUGACUGGCUUCGAACGAGAGAGCGAAAGUCCAUCAACGAACUCCUCUACAAAUCCUUCCCAUCCCGCGAAACCCUCGACGGCGCAAAGACCCAACCUGAACUCGACGCCCUCAACGCAAGCGAUCACUCCAUUCUAGCCACAGCCCUUGGUGCACCUGGUCGUCAAGUCCUUCGUCGUGCCGAAGAGAUUGGACCUCUAACAGGCUGGCGCGACGGCUACCUGAGUGUUGAACAUGGCUUUUGCCCACCCGAUUACGAAGAACCCAUCGCUGCUCUCGCUAGAUCUCCCGGUCGCAUCUGGUCUGAUCUCUGUGAGCGUAUGCCAGGAUGCUGUGCAAGAGGUCGUGUCAGAGAAGCCGUCGCGAAGUUACCUCUUGUCGAAGGUACAGAAGACAACAUUCCCGACCAGGCGCUAUGGGGAGCCGUUGUUGCGCUUGGCAUGCUGUGCUCUAUCUACCGUUUUGAGGAUAAGCAUGAUGGCACGGAUGGUGUCGCUAUGACUUCAGGUACCUCGACAAGACCUACCUGCGAGAUGGGCGACGAGUUGUGCCAGGAACUCGAAGGUAUCCCAAUGUGCAUUGCACUGCCUUACUUCCAGAUCUCACGACGCAUGGGACGUUCCUUGCCCCAUCUAUCAUUCCCCGAUCAAGCUUCCUACAACCUCAAGAUCCGCGACACGAAAUCGACAUACCCAUACCUCGCACGCUUUGACAAUACGGAUCUUCGAUGGCCUAUGUUCGGUGAACGAGCCGAAGUUGCCUUUCUCAAAGGUUGCGCCGAUACAUCUGCUUCAUUCCAGCACGGUCCCGAUGCCAUCGCUGCUUGUCAAGAGCACGUAAUGACUGGCAACAUUGAGGGUCUCUUGCACGAGAUGAUCCGUCUCAAGGAGAUCCUCGAACGAAUGCCCAAUGCUUUCCACAGCAUCUCACCGAACCCCAACGCUGGCGACAACUAUGUUUCUGCCGAUAAGUGGGUUCGCUGGGGUUUGUUCUCUGCGCCUCUAUCGAAGCGUUGUCCUGCUGCUUCAGGUUUGCAGUUCCCACCAUAUCUCAUGAUGGAUGCGUUCCUUGGACGAAAGACACACUCCUCUUUCCUUGGUGCGGAAGCCCUCCACCUCCGCGCUUGGCUCCCAUCUAACCAUCGUGCCUUCAUCGCCGCGAUUCAGUACCACUACUCCAUCCCUCAAUUCGUCCAACAAUCCAACGACCCACGUCUCAAAGGUGUCCUAGAAGGCAUCGUCGAAGCCUACACCGGCGAACGCGGCUUCAUGGGCGUACACAGGUACAAGGUCUUUGGUAUUCUCGAGGUUGCUGCAAAGACAGGCCGUACCGCUACCAACGGCCUUUCUGGAGCUGCAGACGCGACUAGACCAUGGGAAGAGACCCACCGACAAUUCUCUGAUGCCAUGAAGGAACGGUUGGAGCCUUUCCGAGGCAAGCUUGACUUUGAGCCGCAUUCUAUGAGGGGCACUUUUGAGGAGUGUAGGUACAUGGGUAAAGUGGCUGGCGUGAGCUCAAUUGACAAGGAUACCAAGAGGGGAACUGCCAUGGUCACCAUCGACAUUCGAGACACAGGUAUCACCUUUUCUCCCGGUGAUAGAAUGGCUGUCAUGCCGCUUAAUUCCUGGGAGGAAGUUGCAAAGAUGGUCGCCGCUUUGGGUCUCGAUCAUCACCUUCGAGCCGAUGUUUACACCACAGGGACAUGGUCUCGUUUCGCCCAGCAUCUUUCCUCCAUCACCCACACUCCCAAUCGUCUCAACGUUCUUGACAUCCUCCGCCGAGGCCACCUUGCACCCAUCACCAAGGAUCUCGCCGUCAAGGUCCACGAACUCCUUCAUGCUUCCUCAAGCACAGUCUUGCAAGUCCUAGCUACAGACGAGUGGCCUGUUCGUGGCUCUCUGGGUGAUCUCCUGCAGAGAGCAGUCACCGACACGCCCAGUCACAUAUGGGACAAGGCAUUUAGCCUCGACGAUUUGGACUGGCUUACUGACCUUGUGGCUCUUGAGGUCCCCAGAACCUACUCCAUCUCGAGCUACAGCAACGACCUUCUACCGAGCACGGUUGACCUCACAAUCUCUCGCUCUGAGUACGAUCUUUGCUCAAUGUUUGAUCAAGGCGAGAGUGUUGUCCGAGCUGGUGUGUCGAGUGGCUUUUUCAAUCCCAACCCCUCAGCCGGUGUUGACAGCGCGAUUCUCUCCGAUGAUGUGCUUAUCGGCGUCUCGCGACCUGUGUCAUUCCAGCUUCCCAUCGACGACAUGGCCCCUUGCGCAUAUUUCGCAGGCGGUAGUGGAAUCGCCCCCUUCCGCAGUUUCUGGCAGCAUCGCCUUGCGACAUCUGGUCUUUCUGGCGGUCGUAACCUCCUAUAUCUCGGAGUUCAAUCCCGCGACAAGUUCUCCUAUGAAUCGGAACUGCGCAAGCUCGUCAACAUUGGGUUCAUGGAAGUCCACCUUGCUCUUUCUCGAGACCCGAAUGGAUUGGUGUAUGACGAUGUCCUACGCGAUCUGGUGGAGAAGGAGAUUCCCCCUCGAUACAUCGACACCUUGAUCAUUGAACAGGGAAGUACAGUUUGUGACAUGGUCAUGUCGAAGAAGCAAGGUGGUUUGGGUGGAUACAUGUAUGUCUGUGGAUCCGUCUCUGUGUUUGACUCUGUCAUGAGCGGCAUUCGCAAGGCCAUUUACACAUAUCGCACUGCGACUAUGGAGACGGUGGACAAGAUCAUCAACAAGGCUUUUGCCGAGAGACGAUUUAUGCUGGACGUGUUCAUGUCUCCACGAGCAAUUCCCGUCAACCUCCCCACCAUUUCACAAUCCAGUCUGGCGUUACACACUGGCCACCGGAACGGAGGACGAAUGUGGAUUGCUGUACACGGAAGCGUGUACGACGUGACAGACUUUUGUCCGAUGCAUCCCGGUGGUACACUCAUCAUCAAGUCCAACGCUGGAGUGGACUGUACCAAGUCCUUUGACAAUUUGGCCCACACCAACAACCCCGAGGUGUCCAGUCUUUUGACCCGUUAUUUCAUCGGCCACUUGUCACCCAAGCCCGAUUAUCGCGACAAGGAUGUUUCGAAGUUGCAUGAUCUCUGGUCAGCGUAUCUACGGACUACUGUUGAGACCCUUGUUGCACAUCAAUUCGAGAUGAACGAUAUCAUGGGUGACACUCUUGAUGCACCUUCAAAGGAUGAUCCCAAUGGUAUCACCAACAUCUGGCAGCGCGAGGACCUUCCCAACAUCAUCGCCAUCCGAACCUUUUACGGCUACCAGAGCCGUCUCUUGCAGGGUGGAUUCGCUGCAUUGUUUGGGCCCAAGCUGGAGGAGCUCGUCCUGCGACUCUCGUUUGUCUUUGCAAGCGCUGGUGGACCUGGUGCUGCUUACAAACUUCCCGACAUCCUGGGAGUCAUUGCUCGUGCAAAGACAAGCCCCGAUGCAGCACUCAUCACCAAGGAGAUUAGCGCCCUUGGCGACUUUAUCUGUGAUCCCACAUCUCAACUCCGCUUCCAAGAGCGUGGCGUGUUUAGUUACACAGCUAAAUGCGUUCAGCUCGACAUUGAACUGUUGGAAGAUUUGCGACAAGAAGCUUGCAAUGGUAUGGAUGCUUUUGACAACGUCGCGUCCAUGCUUGAUCAUUCCGAUCCCGAUGCGACACCUUUGGCUGCGCUGUCUACAUUCUUGCUCCGAACUCUCGAGAAGAUGGCUCAUCGAUUGGCCAUGUUCUAUGCUCAACUUGCACGUCUUUCGGUGUACCAGCCCGAGCUUGAACACAACCCUGCACGCACACGAUGGGCAUUUGUCAGAAAAUGCAUUCGCGACGGAACUUUCUUCGUGUUGACAAGGGAAGUCAGCAGUGAGACUAUGCUGGAACAGAGCGACUUUUACACUGCGUCUCAAAAGACGAAUUUUGACGAGGUGGUGACACAGAUCAGCCAUCGUAUCAGUAUGAUGGGCGAAGAAGAACCACCGGAACCUGAACCAACCAGUGUCAACGCGGUGCAUCAAGAGCGCGGUAACAAUUUGAGCAACACGACGACAGUGGAUUCAGCAGCAGAAAGACUUAACGUCGGUGCAGUUUCGAGCAUGUCUUCAUUCAUCCAGAAUAACAAGACUGCAAUUCGCCGGCUGAGUAGUAUGCCCACCACGUACAUGGCCAGCCCAUACCAGUUACAGAACCUCCAAACAGCUCUUUCAUCGGAUCCCAACCAAAUGCUCAGCGCGCGAAUGAUGAUGAUGACAGGCUACGCAUCUACGCCAAGUGUAUCAUCACGCACUUCUUCACCAUCGUCACGCCGAACAUCUAUUGGCAUCAUGAGGGUCCCAGCACAGCUGACCACAGGUCACAGACCCAUGGGCAAAUUCUCUCCUUCGCAGCGACCAAAAAUCCAACAAUGGCUAGCUACCAAACUCAAUGAAUCGAACCAGAGAAAUGAUCUAACUCUUGAUCCAAGUCUCGUGGCAUUUCAACAGCUCGUCAAUAGCAAUCCAUCCUGGAAAACCUUGUCCAACGAAAUGUUUACCCAGUCAUCAAAGCACUACGAUCCAACAGGUGUACCAGCCAUUCAAAGCUUUGAUGAAUUUCUCAAGGUUGUCAAUAUCUUUAUCAAAUCAUCGCCACCAUUCUAUAUCAAAGAAACACCCGAAACAGCUAUGGAAAUGAUUGGGCUUCCUAUUAAUACUGUUCUGGAUUGGCCCAUGGGUACCAUGGCUGGUUACGACUUUUGGCUCAUACCCGCCAUUAAUACCUCUUUCAAGGAUGUACUCAAUACUUGGGGCUCCUUUUUAAACUCGCCUGCGUCAAAAGCUAGCUUGGGGCAUUGGCUAUCCCAGGAAUCACUGGUUAUGAUUGAAGAUGCUGCGAAUUGCGGCAAGAAGGGUCCAGCAUUUCAUGACAUCUUUGUCUGCGAUGCGACCGCGCCCUACUUUGGUUAUGCCAGUUGGGAUCACUUCUUCACAAGGAAGUUCCGCAAUGGUAUCCGUCCCGUCGAAUGUCCCGACAACUCCAUUAUAUUGAAUUUUAUUAUAUUAAAAGCUAUAGCUCCUAACAACUCCCCUCCAACAUUGAACUGUCCCGACCCGACACUGGUCAUCGUCAAUGCCUGCGAAUCAGCUCCAUUCAAGUUAGCUGGGAACGUCCAACUACACGACACAUUCUGGCUCAAAUCCCAACCGUACUCUCUGGACAGAAUGAUGAACAACAACCCAAUGGCAACUCGAUUCGUCGGUGGCACAGUCUACCAGGCAUUCCUAAGCUCAAAGAGCUACCACCGCUGGCACGCGCCCGUCGGUGGCAGUGUUAUUGGAAUUGAAAAGGUUCCAGGUACAUACUUUAGCGAGAAUUUCUUCGAGGGGCUAGCCGGAGCUGGAGACUGGAGACUUGCAGACCCUGCUGCGCCUAACAACUCACAGCCUUAUCUCAGCGCCGUAGCCACGCGCGCUAUAAUCUGGAUCGAGGCGAAGAACCCGACUAUAGGCCUAAUGGCUGUUGUAUUCAUUGGCAUGGCUGAAGUUUCAGGUUGCGAGUUUACGGUCUCGGUGGGUGACACCAUAACAAAAGGACAGGAUAUUGGAGUCAAGCUUGACUUUUGCAAUGCGCCACCAUGGAAUAUGGCUACAGAGUAUAACAACCGUGUUAAAAGUGCUCUAGCUAUAGCUAGCACAUGCGAGUAA